AUGACUGACGGCCACCCAGUCCAGAUUGUGGUGACCUCAGAGAACCAUGAGUUCACUUUGGAUGAAGAGGCAUUGGAGUCGGUUUUAAUGAAGCCAGAUAUUCGGGACAAAAAAGUGGUAGUAAUAUCUGUAGCUGGAGCUUUCCGCAAGGGAAAAUCUUUCUUGCUAGAUUUUUUCCUUCGACAUCAAAGACACAAGGGUCCCACAGAUUGGUUAGCUGAUGAAGAACAACAACUUGAUGGCUUCUCAUGGCGUGGAGGCUCUGAAAGAGAUACCACAGGAAUAUUGCUAUGGAGUGAACCCUUCAUAGUUAAUACUCCAUAUGGCCAGGUUGCUGUGGUGUUGAUGGACACCCAGGGAGCAUUUGAUAGUCAAUCCACAGUGCGUGACUGUGCCACAGUGUUUGCUCUCAGUACCAUGAUCAGUUCAGUCCAGAUAUACAACAUUUCACAGAACAUACAGGAGAAUGACUUGCAACAUCUUCAGUUAUUCACAGAAUAUGGUCGUCUUGCACUUGAUGCGAAUGAUAAUGUUUCAAAACCUUUCCAGUCUUUGACUUUCCUUGUCAGGGAUUGGAGUUGCUCAUAUGAACACAGUUAUGGCUUACAAGGAGGGAAUGAAAUUCUGGAAAAAAGAUUUGCAAUUUCCGACCGCCAGCAUCCGGAAUUGCAACAGCUACGUCGUCAUAUCCGUUCCUGUUUCCACUCCAUUAACUGCUUCUUGAUGCCCCACCCAGGCCUCAAAGUUGCAACAGAUCCAAAAUUCAAUGGAAAAUUGAAAGACAUUGAACCUGAUUUCAGACAGCAAUUACGCCAACUUGUCAAAAAUGUUUUGUCUCCGGAAAACUUAGUUGUCAAAGAAAUCAAUGGCACUAAAGUUACUUGUGGGGAAUUAGUAGAAUAUUUCAAGGCUUAUAUCAAAAUCUAUCAAGGGGAAGAACUUCCAGAACCUAAAUCAAUGCUAGAGGCAACUGCUGAAGCCAACAAUUUGGCAGCUGUAGCUUGUUCACGGAACCAUUACAUGCAAUCAAUGGAAGCAUCAGUUGGUGGAGACAGACCUUACCUUCAUCCUGAUCGCCUUAAAUGUGAACAUGAAAGAUACAGAGAGGAAAGCUUAAAAAUAUUCCGGUCGACUCGCAAGAUGGGUGGACCCGACUUUAGCAAACAUUAUGAAGAAAAACUUUCAAAAGAAAUUGAUGAAGCUUAUGGGAAUUUUUGCAAGCAUAACGACAGCAAAAACAUUUUCAAUACUGCACGGACCCCUUUUGUUCUUGUGAUUAUGGUGAUAGCUUCUUACGUUGGUGCUGGCACGUUUGCCUUAGUCGGGCUCAAUCCAAUUGCAACUCUCUUUACUUUAGUUAUGUGGUUCGCACUUUGUCUUAUCAUUGUGGCUGGCUAUGUACAUUACACGGGAGAAUAUGUUAAUAUUGGUCAGCUGAUUGAUGAGAUUGCUGAAAAAAUAUGGGAAAAUAUUAUUGAACAAGCUCUGACUUUGUUGGCUGCCUAUGGUGCACGACGGGCAAUCCAGGCUGGCAAAAAAAGCAACUGA